AAGUGUUUGCCAAUCGAAGACCUUCCGUGGAAAUUGUCAAAAAUGUUCAAGUUGAUCAUGUUCAGCCAGAUAGCAGCCCUCUUGUUUACUUUAUGCUUUACAAUGAUUAACGGCAAUUCGGUGGAAUCUGACAAUCAAUUCACCGAUAGUCCCGUGGAUCAAAAUCAGGGUGCUUUAACAAUGCAUAAGCGUCCUUCGUUUUAUGUUGGCAGUCGUUAUGGUAGAUCCGGUGCACCAUCGCAGCUUCUUUCCUCUCUUAAAACGCGACGUUUCAGUGUCGUUCCACGUAACGAUAGAUUCUUUUUAAGUUCACGUUAUGGAAAGAGAGCUGAGGUAUCUUUAGAUGAAACAACAAGAAAUGAUUUCAUAACGCCGUUUACCGCUUACGAACGAGCUUUAUUAUCUGAAGUCCCAACUGGCGCUCGAUUGAAUGACAAAUUUAAAAUGAACGAUAACAAUAGUCUACCCUCAUCAGCGUCAGCAGCAUCAUUACUAUCGACUCCAUCAUCAUCAUCGGCGACAGUAAUGUCAUGCAUUUACACCGGUCUCGAGAAUUACUAUCGCUGCAAUAGCAUUAACGAAGCAUUAGUUGCCUUCGAUAAACAAGCUGGUGCAUUUUAUGGCAAUGAUAUUAAAGCACAAAAAAAAAAGUAAACUGACUCAAGUCAACGUGAUGUCAAUGAAAGCCGC